AUGACUGCAAAUAAUUCUACAUGCAUUUUAGAUACUUUCCACCAAUACCGUUAUGGACUCUACACAACAACCUACAUACUAGUGUUUAUAUUUGGAUUACCACUAAAUGUAAUAGUGUUAUGGAUUUGUUUCCAGAAAUUUAGGCUUUGGACUUCCACUGUCACAUAUAUUGCCAAUCUGGCUUGCUCAGACCUUCUCUUUACUCUGUCUUUACCUUUGAAAAUAUAUUAUUAUGCUUUAAAGAGAUGGCCAUUUGGGGAUGUUGUGUGCAGGAUCCUAGCGACUCUCUUUUCAUUCAAUGUCUACUCUUCCUCUAUCAUAAUCACUCUGAUUAGCCUGGAUCGGUAUUUGGCUAUUGUUUAUCCAAUCAGAUCACGAAACCUGCGGAGCCCAAAAGCUGCCAAAAUUGCCUGUGCUGUAAUGUGGGCAUUUAUUAUCAUCCUUAGUUUCCCUCUGUGGGAAUUUCAUAAAACAUCAGUGGAUGAAAAUAAUGAAGCACGUUGCUUUGAAUGCCAUCUAUCAGACACUUGGAAAUCUGCACUGAAGGUCAUUAUAGGGAUGUCAUUCUUUGGAUUCUUUCUCCCAUUUGUCAUCACAGUGUUCUGCAUAGCUGCAACUAUAAGAGUGCUAGUGAACUGGAAGUGGGAUUCAGGUGUUGUGGACAAAUAUAAAGUCAUUAAACUAUAUGCAAUAAAUGCAAUUAUAUUUGUCAUUUGUUUUUGUCCUUUUCAUACCAUAAUAACUUUGUAUGCAAUGGAGAAAUCUGGAUUAGUUACUUCUUCCCAGGGUAACUUGUCACAUGCCCUUAUAGUAACUAUGUGUUUGACUAGCACCAAUUGUUUAUUUGACCCACUUGUCUAUUUUUUUGCUUCCAGUACUUUUAGAGUACAAGCAGACAGACAAAUAGAAAUGCAAGAGAAGAAAGAAAAUCCACAAAACUAA